GGAUGCCUGAGAUAAUGAAGCAAGAGAGCCCCGAAAAAAGCGACGUACUCGUGUCCGUGUUGAAUGGUUCAGAACACAUCAUGCGGCUGGGUCAAAUGGAGACGUACGGCCAAAACGCCAUGCGUCAUACCCGUCCCUUCUACCUGGUCACAUUCCUGGUUUACUUCGCGCUCAUUUUCAGCCGGCGUUCUUGGCCUUGAGUCAAGUGUUGCCGAACCCGUCUAUAGCUGUGGUGGCCGGUGGCUGUCUCACCUCGGUAGGAUUGCUGUGGACAGGUCUUGAUGAUGGUCACUCACAGCUCUUCUCUUUUGGUGUUCUCACUGAUCUCGAGUGACACUGUCAGCCCUGAUCCUGGUCCUGUGUAUGGCCAUCGCCCUGUUUGUCCACCCUCUCAUGUUCCACCUGUCUGAGAGGCUGGGUGGUCAUCUCUUCCUCUACCUGAGCCCUGUGGCACUGGUCAGCUCGCUCCUGCCCUCCGUGGGACACUGGUGGUCAGCCAGAUACCAGAACAGCGGAUCACAAUGCUGUGAAGAGCCCGGUAUACCCGAGGACCAGCAGGGAGCGUCGUGUGACAAAGGGAGGAAACUGUCCCCGGAGCUGCCCCGUCUGACAAACUUUAUGGAACUGUUACGGCACAAUGUCACACGUCUGCUACACAACGACAGUUGGGGGGCCUCGCUCCUGUCUGGGGCUAUCUGGAUCUCAUGGGGCGCAGGUGUAGACAUCACCUGGGUGUAUUUGCUCUUGUCACCAGGUGUGGACACCACCUGGCUCUCCAUGGGCUGGAAGUCUCACUACGUCCACUCAGGCUUGGGCCUCAGCACACUGCAAAUCUUCCUCUCCUUUGUGCUCCUUGCGGUGAAGCUGCUGGAACAGUACACACGCACCGAGGUCACCCACUACCGCAGCAACCUCAGUAGUAACUACAUGCAGAUUGGGCUCUGUGGAGUAGCGGGCGUGGCCCUGUGUCUGUUCCCGGACAGCUGCAACAGCUACCACAACCACCUGCUGUUCACCUUGGGUCUGGCGAUGCAGUAUGACGAUGUCAGUGACCUUUACCUUGUCCCCCUGGCCAUGGUGCGGAACGGUGUGGCCAGCCAGCACUACUACCAGGUGGUUAAACACGACUUCAACAGUGCCACUGACAAGGAAGAGGAAGGGGAAGAUACGCUACAGACAAGCACCCUAGUCAAUAUGGUGUGUCUGGCAUGUCACAUGAUGACCUUGGUGCUGAUGGCGUUGCUGGUCAUGGUACUGGGGAUUCAGAUAGCCAACAUCAUGGGAUUUUUGACUACUGUGACACCUCUCUUUUACCUGUUUAACCGUAACGGCUUGCUGGUUAUGUCAGUGACGGCAGUGGCAGUGUCACUGACACGUCCAGACUUCUGGAUUAGACACGGAUCUGUCAGACCUCUGGUGGUCACAUGAUGGAGCAGUUCGUCAGUGCGUCCAGUGGACUACGGCCCGAUGGAUUCUCCAGUUGUUCCUCGCCCUCCCUCGUCCAAGACUCAGCCACUGUGACAAUAGAAGAAUGGAUUAUCCUGCUUGAUUCAAAGACGUAUUCCUUCAAGAGUCUUGUUCUCCCCCACUCCCUCUUCCUAUCCAUGUAUCAUCAACUCAGACAAUGGAACAAUGUUUACGUUAAACAGAAUGCUCCGCAAAUCCCUGCCGCAGCCCCCCCCCCCCC